GAUUUCACUGCAUUCAGCUUCGAUGUUGCUUGUUAGUUGGUUUCCUUAUUUACAAAAAAACAUAAUUAAACUUAUCUGAUCGUUCCUUUUCCAUGAAUAUUUUUACAUAAAUAUUGGGUAGUUUACUAAACACCAACAUUAUUAUCGGCCUUAGUUGUGGGUGCUUUUAAAAGGUACACCCAAUACCCAUAUAUAAAAUAACUUUAUUAGUUUUUUUAUCUAUCAGAUUUUUUUUCAUAAUAAAAAUUAUAGAACAAUAUAAUAUAUAGGAAGGAUGUUCAUUGUGGGUCUUACAGGAGGUCUAGCUACGGGCAAAAGUACCGUACUAUCUAUAUUUCGUGAAAAUGGAAUUGCUGUUAUAGAUGCCGAUGAUAUUGCUAAGAAAGUCUUGGAACCUGGAACUGUAGCAUGGAAAGAAGUUAAGGAGUAUUUUGGAGAUGAGGUUAUUAGUGAUGAUGGUAAAAUAGAUCGACUAGUUCUUGGAAACAUAGUUUUCAAUGAUAAAGACAAAAGAAUGAAACUUAAUGCUAUUACACAUCCUAGAAUCCAAAGUGCCAUGAUGAGAAUGGCCUUCAGUUACUUCUUCUCAGGACACAGAUACAUAGUAAUGGAAGUGCCAUUACUCUUUGAAACUGGCAAAAUGUUAAGAUUCAUGCAUAAAAUUAUAACAGUUGUUUGUGAUAUGGAUCAACAAAUUAGCAGAUUAUGUCAACGAAAUGAUUUCUCUGAAAUAGUUGCAAUGACUAGGAUAAAAUGUCAGAUGCCUCUUGAAGAGAAAGUAGCCAAAUCAGAUUUUGUUAUUGAUAACUCUGGUGACAUAUCUUCAACUCGACAACAGACUGAAAGUAUCAUAAGACUCCUAAGGCGAUCUAAGUUUACAUGGUACUUUAGAGCCAUAAUAUUAAUAUCAUCUUUGUCUUUUUUAUUUGGAAUUGCUAACAUUGCCUAUAAGUUCUACUGUAAGAAAUAAUUAUAAGUUUAAGUGCAUUUCACAAAUAAUAUGUAAUACAACUAUACUAGCUCUCUUUUGACACUAAGUUAUUGAGUAUUUAAAUAAAAGAGGGUUAAAUCUGCACUGAAUUUUUAAGCUAUCAUUGUUAGUGGUGCUUGUGUUGUUUGCAAAAGUGAUCAACAAUAGUAUUACCAAUGAAAAUUGUUAUAAUACUUUUUUUAAUGUAUAAUAUCUGCAGAUAUAUUAGCUAUUGUUAUCUUUAUUCAGGAGAGCAGUAAUAUCU